CUGGAUCAUUACAACCAAACGGGAGAAAAUACUUUUACAACACAUUAUCGAAGAAGAAUACGCUGAACACGAAAUCCAAGUCGCCUCGUGGGCAAGUCAACACGUUCUAUUUAACCUGACGAGUGGGUAG